AUGGUAUUAUGUGCAACACAGGCAAAUGAACAUUUCGAAGUGUUGUUUCGAACACUUCGAAAUGUUAGUGCAAAUGAAACAUUCAGUUAUGGAUUUUUCAUAAAUUUAAAGAAUGAGGGAGCAAAAAUAUCGUCAAUCGCUCAAACCUACAAGUUAAACGAAUCAACCGUUCGGACCAUCCUAAAAAAUGGUGAAAGAAUUCAAAAGAGUGUAGCAAUUUGUAGUCCGACUGCGGCGAAACGUAUUGCCAAACAACGAGAUCCAAAGCUCAUUACAAUGGAGCAUGCACUUGCGAUUUGGAUACAAGAUUGUGCCUCAAAAAAGAUACCAUUGAGUACAAAUUUAAUAAUGGAAAAAUCCAUUCGGCUUUUUAAUCUUUUAAAAAAUAAAGAAAAUUUUUCCAAUGAACUGCCAGAAAAACCAUUUGUUGCUAGCAAAGGCUGGUUUAACAAUUUCAAGAAUCGCUUCUCUUUCAAGAAUGUUAACUUUCAAGGUGAACAAGCUUCUGCAGACGUUGAGGGUGCCGAAAAAUUUAUAACUGAAUUGCCACGAAUAAUAGAAGAGGGUGGUUAUUCACAACAUCAAAUUUUCAACGCUGAUGAAACAGCAUUAUAUUGGAAGAAGUUUCCCUCGCGUACAUUUAUAUCAAAAAAUCAAAAACAAAUAAAUGGAUUUAAACUAUCAAAAGAGAGGAUUACAUUACACGUUUGUUCAAAUUUGUCUGGAGACUUCGUGUUAAAACCAAUGCUCAUCAACAAAUCAUUAAACCCGAGAGCGUUUAAGAAUAUUGAUAUGGCUAAAUUACCGAUUUUUUGGACGGCUAACCAAAAAGGUUGGAUGACGAAAGUACUUUUUAAAAGGUGGUUUAAUGAGUGUUUUAUACCAGACGUUGAAAAAUAUCUGUAUGAUAAAAAUUUAAGUUUCAAAAUCUUAUUACUUAUUGACAACGCAAGCAGUCAUUCAAAAGAUAUUAAUCAUCCAAACGUAAAAAUAGUCUUUUUUCCACCCAAUUGCACUUCAUUGAUACAACCCUUAGAUCAGGGUAUAAUAGCCACCAUUAAAUCAUAUUACAUUCGAAGAACAUUUAAAAAAAUUUUUGAUAGAUUGGAAGAAGAUAAAGAAUUAUCAGUAAUUCAAGCAUUCAAAGAUUUCACGAUUUUAGAUUGUAUUGAAGCAAUCGAUUUAUCAUUUAAAGAACUUAAAAAAGAAACUAUCAACGCUUGCUGGAGGCCAUUGUUGCCACAAAUGGUGAAUCAAAGUAACAUUAUACCGCACGAAAGACUUGUCGAACAUCAGAAAAUAAUAGAAAUCGCAUCAAAAAUUGAUGGUUUAAAGGAAAUUAAUAUCAAUGAUAUUGAAGAAUUACUUGCCGCUGAUACUCUGGAUGAUGAAGAGUUAAUUGAACUUCUGGAUACAAAUUCGAAUGACCAAUAUGAAAAUGAAAAUGAAUCUCAACUUAUUGUCAAUCAUAAUUUUAAUAAAAAUAAACUGGAAAAAGCAUUAGAAUUAGCAGAAAAUCUUAAAGAUUUUAUAAUGGAAAACGAUCCAUCCAUCGUUAGGAGCGAUAAGUUUAUCCGGGAAUUGAAUUAUUGUAUGCAACCAUAUCAAAUUAUUUUCGAUUCAUUAAAAUAAUUUGAUAUGGUUGUUAGUAUCAUAUUCA